AUGGAGACCUCCUCUUCGAUCGCCGACAUCUCCUUUUUCGGCCACUCAGUCGCCAGCUUCGUCUUCCCCUUCAUUGCCGGUACUUCCUACGUCGGCGAUGGGUUCCUCAGGCGGCAUAGAGACAAGCUCGACCCGGCCACCCUCGUCCACAGCUCCGUCUCCCCGAGCUCGCCUCCCAUCUCCGCCGUUGCUCCUCUCCCAGGCAGCAUCUCCUCGCGCGACUCUGCCCUCUCAAAACACUGCUCCAGCGGACAACCGUCACCUCUGCCCGCUCCAUACUUCUUUUUUCUACGCGAAGAACCCUUCUCCGCCUCGACGGCUGGCGAGGCCUCCCCAACGAUUACCGUCGUCUCCCUCUCCGUCUCUGCUUCUCUUCCACGGUCAACGCCGGCAUAG